AAUUACCCUUAUCACCCAGUCUUGACCAGUCUGGCUCUAUCUAUGACCUCCCUGACCCUACGGUUAUCUAUGAAGGGAGGUUUCACUCCUGCACCUAAUUUACAUAUUCUAAUUAAACAGCCCCUUACUAACAAGGUAAGGAUGUCAAGAGAUCCAAUCAGAAGACCACGCUCGGUCACAUGGCUAAUGUCAAUUUCUCCUCAGAAAUUCUAUCCAAAUUGCCAUUGUUGUUCUAACUGCUCGAACAAACAGUCAUAUUCCAAAACUCUCUGUGUUUUGUUGGCCUCUCAUCAGAGACUACUACAACUUCAUCCAUUCACCGAAAUUGUCACAACUUAACAGUUACAUCCUCAGCAAGACAUUCUUCUAAAACACUCAUCAGUUAAAGAUAUGUCAGGACGUGGAAAAGGUCAACCUCGUGGGCGCAAACGAAGGGCACCUGAAGACAUUAAUGACACUCUUAAUUCUGCUGUCAGUACGACAGGCGGUAAUGACAGCAACUGGGACCCUAAUAAGCCAGAAAACUGGACUAUAGGUGAACUAAGGACACGACUGCUGGAGCAGAACAUCAGACCACCAUGUGGUUUUACAAAAACAAUGCUGGUCAAACUGUACAAAGAAAAUAAUACCAGUGUUAGUGAUGGUAACAGUGAUGUUACGCCACCUACUGAGAAUGACCUUACACAGCCUGGCUACCACAGCAGGAAUCUCCCAUCAAAUGAGGCAAUGAAGGCUCUACAAGCACAUGUUACCAGGCUGGAGCAAUUAAUACUGUGCCAAAAUACAGUAGCAGUCGGACAGGCCCCAGCUGUACCAGGUCAUGUCCUGACUGCGACCUCAACAACCUCACCAACCUCACCGACCUUAGAGCCCCUAGCUGUAGCAGGAGGCAUACCAAACAAUUAUGUGCCUCAGCCUGCUAUCCUUCUACAACAGACAGGAAUUUCAUCAGAAUCUCUGCCAUCAAUAGAAGUCGUACCUCAAGCCAUACGCCAGCAGAUAAUAGAAGAUGGACCGGUUCCACGACUUGGCACCAGCAGCAAAGAAGAGCCAAAAUCCCAUUCCGGAUUACGACAAUGUGCCUCUAUACUAGAACCAGCAGUGCGUGACCUAUGGAAUGCUGCAGUGGCUCAUUCGACUAGAACUACCUACACAUCAGGUGUUUCCUGUUUCAAGAACUUCAUCCUCAUGAAUGGUAUAAACGACCAAGCAAGUGUGUUUACCAACGUUACAGAAGAAUUAUUAAUACUCUUCGUGACUCAUUGUUAUCAUAACCUCAGAUUGAAAUAUUCUACAAUUAAGCUGUAUUUAUACGGAAUUAAGUUCCAUUGUACUAUGCAGCGGCUCAGCAACCCGCUUGUGAAUACUCAUGGGUUACCACUUUACCGACUCCAGACCAUAUUACGGGGAUUAAAGAAACUACAGGGAACUCCGGCAAAACCUAGACUCCCCAUAACUUUCAACAUAUUGUCUAAGUUAUGCUCAGCAUUUCGACAGGGUGUUUUCGAUCCUGCCACAGACACUACUAUGGAGGCUGCCUGCUGUGUGGCCUUCUUCGCAUUCUUACGGUGCGGAGAAUUCACAUGCACCACUAACACAUUUGAUUCUUCAAUUCACUUGUGUAUCAGAGACAUUCAAGUAGCACCGGACAGUAACAACAUGACAUUGCGCCUCAAGGCGUCCAAAACCGACCCCUUUCGUCAAGGAGUCACCAUUCACCUGUUCCGCACCCAUCACCAUGUAUGUGCUGUAGCCGCUGUCAUCAGAAUGCUAACAGAAAGAUUCAUGAAUGGUUGUCGUCCUUCGGACCCCCUAUUUUCCAUUCAUUCUGCUGCCUUGACUCGACAUGUUUUCAUUGUCAAACUAAGACAGACCUUGAUCCGACUAGGUCUAAAUCAUUCACUAUACACAGGACAUUCCUUCAGAAUAGGAGCCGCAACUACUGCCGCCCAGUCAGAUGUCCCCGAUCACCUCAUCAAAGUGCUUGGACGCUGGCAAUUGGAUAGCUACUGUCGAUACAUCCGUACCCCUCAUCAUAUUCUCCGGAAAGCUCAAGCAGAAAUGUGCAAGAUUUCACCUGAUACUUAGUAGCCUAGUGGCUGCCUUCUGUGUUCAUAGGAGUCUAAGUGUGUACUCUUUAUAGGGCGAGUAUAUCUAUAAUGAGUACUAAUUAUUCCACUGGAUUAACAUGUAUAUUGAUGUGCUAAUCUGUCAUCAUUCACACAGGAUUUAUGUGCAUAUUCCAUUGGAUUUAUAUGUGUGUAAAUGUGCUUAUCUGUCACCAUUCAGAUGGGAUAUAUGUGUGUAUUCGUUUAGGGCGAGUAUAUCUAAACGGUACUAUUACGGCCCUCAUACUCAACAACUAACAGAAACGAAGGUAACAGAACACAUUCUGUAGCCAUGCAGGCCAGCAUUCUUGUAAGGAUUACAUCUGGACAUUCCGAAUUGGGAUACAGAACCGAACUAAAUGUUUACUAGUCAUUGACAUUAGUACCCUGUUUUCUUUUACACCUAAGUACCUCUGAGGACAAUAACUGUAUUCGAUACUGAGGCAUUCUGCCAGAAUUUGUCUAUGACUUGAUGUAUAUCUUCUCAAUUAUGUCAUAUUCUCCCGGUGGCGCUGGGGAUAAAGGUGUCUCAUACCCUACAUUCCCUCUUUGGGGUCCUCGUAUCAUCACAUGCUUAUAAACCAUGUCUCUCAUACUCCUUUGGGCCUAUGGCAGUAAACUGACACCAUGUAAUAACAUAAUAUCAUGGACUAUUAAUGAUGCCAGACUACUGCUAUACACCACAAAUCGGUCAAUCCAACCCCAGAACCAAGGGUUAGCUGGACUGCAUACAUCAACUCUAUCUGGCCCAGGGUAAGACAGCAAGUCGAACCCCAAGCCUAAGUGAUGUAACUCCCAACUCUUGCCGACUCCUGGACAUUUGAGCGACCAGGCUAUGGUACCCAUGAGCUUCAGGUCAGCCAUACCUCCAAGUCAUGUUCUCAACGGGUUGUUGGCCAUAGCUUUUCAGCACCAUGCUCUUCAGCAUUACGGGGUUCAAAUAGCCCACGGCUAUACCCCACCCGGUCCAAGGGAGGUAACUGCUAAGGUGAUAUGCACCCCUUAUCUGCAAACUUUUUAAUAAAUACUGUAAAUUUA